AUGUCGCUAAACCCAGAGCCUGCUGCUCCUGAGGAGCGCGACGCUCAGCACUUGCCGCCCAAGUCAUUCGCCGACGCUGCCCAAGAAGCGCUCGAGCCUCGAUCACAUGCGAACGGUGCUGAUGGCGCUGCUAACGGCACAGCUCAACAUCACGACAAUGUGAAGACAGCCGAACCCAAGGCCAAUGGUGUUGAUUCGUCGAUCAAGGACAAGGAGUCUUACGAAGGCACUGGCAUUGACGAGACACCGAAGAGCCCAAAGGCCAAGACUCACCACAGAAAAGGCUCCCGCAGCUCACUGGGCUCCGUGGGCCGCACAUACGGCCCAAAGCUGAAGGACGCUUUUCUGCAAGAGAAACCCCGGUUCAUCAAUGGCGAUGUUUUGACUACCGUCAAGCCGUCAAAUGAGGCUGGAAGGGACAGCCGCAUCGAUAAGCCUCUGAAGCGCAGGAACUCAGAGCUCAAGGCCGGUCGACAAGCAGGUGCGGGAUGGGCAAACAGCAAGAUAAGAUUUGCACCUAUGAACGUCCCGCUUCAGCGCCGACUCCAGACCUGCGCUGUGCUCAUGCACACGCUGAGUAUCGUCGGAUCCCUCGCCAUUUUCUUCUUCCUCUGCAGCAUCCCACUCCUCUGGCCAAUUCUACUUCCCUACACCAUUUAUGUUCUGUUUUCCAAUGCAGGCACAUCUGGAGAGCUUUCCUUCCGCAGCGAGCGCCUAAGGCGUCUCAAGGUGUGGUCGCUCUUCGCCUCGUACUUUCCCGCUCGGCUGCACCGUUCGCAGGAGCUGGAGCCUACCAGGAAAUACAUCUUUGGCUAUCACCCACACGGGAUCAUCUCCCAUGGCGCCUUUGCUGCCUUCGCUACUGAAGCUCUGGGCUUCUCCCAACUAUUUCCUGGUAUCACCAACGCGCUGCUGACGCUUGAUUCCAACUUCCGCUACCCCAUUUACCGCGAGUAUGCUCUUCGUCUGGGCAUGGCUUCAGUCUCGCGUGACUCUUGCGAGAACAUCUUGUCAAAAGGCGGACACAAUGGCGAAGGCAUGGGUCGCGCCAUCACUAUUGUUGUUGGCGGUGCCCGUGAGUCUCUCGAUGCACGCCCCGGUGUCGUUCGCCUCGUCCUCCGUCGCCGUAAGGGUUUCGUCAAGAUGGCUAUUCGUACCGGCGCUGACCUUGUGCCUGUCCUCGCUUUUGGCGAGAAUGACAUUUACGAUCAAGUAGACAGCGAGUCACACCCUCUUCUCCAUAAGUUCCAGAUGCUCGUCAAGAAAGUCAUGGGCUUUACCGUCCCGAUCUUCCAUGCUCGUGGCAUCUUCAACUACGAUGUCGGCAUGAUGCCAUACCGCAGGCCCAUCAAUAUUGUCGUUGGCAAACCCAUCAGAAUUGUGCAAGACAAGCAUCCUAAACCCGAGUACAUGGACGAGGUGCAUGAGAAGUACAUCGAGGAGCUGAUGCGGCUGUGGCACGAACACAAGGACACCUUUGCGAGGCAGAGGACUGGCGAGCUGGAGAUCAUCGAGUAACAAGUUCAGAUUGACGAGCGGAAACUUUUUCACAAGCUGUGUAAGACACAGUCGCGUUAUUUUACAUUGUUGUAGGACUGUUAGGCCAAAUUGGCGAGUGACUAUACUUUCGGAACCGGGCUACGAAUUCAAUUUCAAUCCUCAUAGGGGAGACUGUCUUAAUCUAGUGUAGUAAUUACAUACCGCAUCUGUACUAA